AAGCCUGCUCUAAAUUGAUCAGUCUGCUUAGAAAGUUCUCCAGAGGGGGAGGUUGGAAAGGCUUAUAAAAACCUUGGGGUUUUGUGCACAGAUUUGCAAUUCUUUGCAGACAGAACAUUUGGCAGUUUUUAUUUAUUUUUUUUUCUUCCAAUGAAAGAACUUUUGAAAGCGUGUGCCCAUACUGGUUAAUUUGCACCUUUUUGGUGGCAUUUGGUUAAUUUAUAGAAAUAAGCUUUUAGUCCUAAGUAUAACUUAAUUUUAUGAACCCGUAGAGAGAAAAAAACGCAAACACGCUGUCGUUUGAGGUAUUCUGCGGUGUUGCAGGUGCUGUGGAUGCUGAAAUAUAAAUCUUGAAUUGACAACUCCUUAAGGCAUUUUUUUUCUUUCAAUUUUCAUCUUUGUUGUAAUUUGUCGAAACGUAUUCAGUGAGCAGAGUCACGCCACUUGAAUUUUGAAGAAAUUGCUUUGGACACUUUUUAUUGUUAUUAUUGCAGUACUAUUAUUUUUGCAAUAAGAAGAUGUUGUUCAGUUUUUGCCUGUUGCUGUCAUUUUUCAUGGGACUGCCCCAGUGCACGGGCUCUUAUGUCCAUUGCGACCCCUGUGACGAGAAAGCCUUCUCAAUGUGCCCUCAGGUCCCGGUCGGCUGCGAGUUGGUUAAGGAGCCGGGCUGCGGCUGCUGUCGGACCUGCGCCCUGUCUGAAGGGCAACAGUGCGGCGUGUACACCCAACCAUGCUCCCAAGGACUUCGCUGCUUGCCACGAAACGGCGAAGAAAAGCCUCUUCACGCUCUGCUGCACGGCCGAGGAAUGUGUAGGAACGAGAAAGGAUACAAAGAGCACCAUCCACCCACCGAUCGUGAUUCACGAGAGCCUGAUGACAUCCCUGAGAUCACAGAGAAUCCACUCCCUGCCAAGGUCCCUCUCCACAACAAGAACCGAGUGUCUGACAAGAAGGCCGAGGCAUUGCGCAAAGAAAAUCGGAGGAGGCUGGAAAAAUCCAAGACUGUCAUUCAGACGGAUUUCACCACCUACUCCAUCGACAAGCAGGAAACAGUCUAUGGUCCAUGCCGAAGACAGAUGGUAGAGAUUCUCAAGCAGUUAAAAAACUCAUCUCGAAUCUUAACCCAGGCACUGUACCUUCCCAACUGCGACAAAAAGGGCUUGUACAAGCGGAAACAGUGCAAGCCGUCCCAUGGGCGGAGGCGUGGAAUCUGCUGGUGUGUGGAUCGGUAUGGGCUGAAGCUUCCUGGCUCCGAGAACAAAGGUGCUGACAUCCACUGUCAGGAACUGGAGAGCAGUAACAAUGAGUGAGGUGGAAAGGAGGGGUCCAAUCACCACACUCCCUGAGAACGUGACCCAGGGCCUUCCUCCUUCCCUCUCGUCCACCCGCCAGUCACUUCGGGAUAGAAAACUUUUUCAUAAAAAAAGAAAAGGAAAAGGAAAAAAAAAAGACAUUUGAACCUUCAACUGUGCGCUCAUCUCUAAAUAGCUGGGCUCUUUGGCUCUCUGCUCUCCCUCUGUCUUUGUCUCUCUGUCUUGGGGCCUCUGUGGAAAGGGCUGGGUCAAAGCACUUGAUUUGUAAAAAAAAAAAAAUAUAUAUAUAUAUAUAUAUAUAUAUAUAUAUAUAUAUAUAUAUAUAAUACAAA